AUGGUCGAGUUCGUCCACACCCAGAUCCUGGGCACGACAUUUGAGAUAACGUCGAGAUAUUCGGAACCUCAACCUGUGGGAUUGGGAGCAUUUGGGCUUGUCUGCUCCGCGCGAGACCAGCUCACGAAUCAAAACGUCGCCAUCAAGAAGGUCACGAAGCCUUUCAGCACGCCCGUCUUGGCUAAGCGAACAUACCGAGAACUGAAGUUGCUGAAGCACCUCAAGCACGAAAAUUACUUCCUCUACCAGAUCAUGCGGGGCCUGAAGUAUGUGCACUCCGCUGGCGUUGUCCAUCGAGAUCUCAAACCCAGCAAUAUCCUCAUCAACGAGAACUGUGAUUUGAGAAUCUGUGAUUUUGGGUCUGCGCGAACAGAGGAUCCCCUGAUGACCGGCUACGUCUCGACGCGAUAUUAUCGGGCCCCGGAGGUCAUGCUUACAUGGCGAAGGUAUAACGCAGAGAUCGACAUUUGGAGCGCGGGAUGCAUCUUUGCCGAAAUGCUCGAGGGGAAGCCCCUCUUCCCCGGCAAGGACCACUUGCACCAGUACUCAAUUAUCACAGAGCUUCUGGGAACUCCUCCUAAAGAUGUCAUCAGCACCAUCGCAACCGAGUCUGUAGGUAUUCCCAAGAACCAGAGCAGCGGUAUAGUAUUCAGGUUGAGGCAGACGCUGCGGUUUGUCGAGUCCUUGCCGAAGCGCGAGCGACACCCCCUCAAGAACAAAUUCAAGAACGCCGAAUUUUCGGCCCUGGAACUCCUUGAUAAGAUGCUCGUCUUCGACCCCAAAAAGCGAAUAACAGCCACCGAAGCUCUAGCCCACCAAUACCUCGUCUCCUACUACGAUCCCACCGACGAGCCUGUUGCGCACGCGAAGUUCGACUGGAGCUUUAACGAGGCUGGCCUGCCUGUGGAUACAUGGAAGAUUAUGAUAUACUCGGAGAUGCUUGAUUCUCGCAAUGUCACAUGA